AGUCGACCUUUCAACAUCUUUGACUAGCUGGAGCUAUAACUUCUACAACUUGAAACUAGUUGGCUUUGAAUUCAGGAUUGAUCUAGUCUCUUUUUCACCACAUUAUAAUUAUCUACCUAAUUGUUGAAUAAUUACAACAUCAAGUUAUUAGUUAGUAUAUCCCCUUCUUCUAGAUCCAAUAUCUUAUUACCAGUUGAAUUUUAUUUAGUUGCGGAUGAAGAAAUCACCUGUACCUUCAUCUAAUAGCUUACAUCAACAAAAUAUAUCGAGCUCUAAUUCUCAAUAUGGUCAUGCUGGUAGUAAUUCUAUGAUGCAAAAUCAGAAACAGAAGUCGCUUUUAUACAGACUUAUAAGGAAGAUUACUAUAAUUUUUACAGCUUUUGGUUCUAAAUCAAAGAAGUCUGCUCCUGAAACUGACCAAACUUAUGUAAAUAAAAACUCAAAUCAGAUCCAUAGCAACUCAUCUGGGUUUUCCUCAGGAAGCAAAAAUAGAGGGUCGUCGAAUAGACAACCGAAUUCGUUCAAUUCAGCAGAGUCAGCAAGUGGAGAGGUUUAUGGCUCAUUGAAUUUUACUCUUCAGGAUAUCAAGAAAGCUACCAAGAAUUUCUCUCAAAAUAACAUUCUUGGAGAUGGUGGUUUUGGGACGGUGUACAAGGGACAGCUGAAGGAUGGAACCCUUGUUGCAAUAAAACGUGCCAAAAAGGACCUGUGUGACAAGCGCACUGCACAAGAAUUCAAGAGCGAAAUCCUGGCAUACUCAAAGAUUGAACAUCUAAAUUUGGUGAAGUUCUACGGAUACCUGGAGCACCCAGAAGAAAAAAUCAUUGUGGUUGAGUAUGUUAGUAAUGGAACACUUUACGACCUUUUACAUGGUAAUCGAGGACUAGUACUUGAGCUUGCUGAAAGACUGAUAAUUGCAAUUGAUGUAGCUCAUGCAAUCACAUAUCUACAUAGUUAUAACGAUCCUCCCAUCAUCCAUAGAGACAUAAAAGCAUCAAACAUUCUCAUCACAGAGAAAUUUCGAGCUAAAGUAACAGACUUUGGGCUUGCACGAAUGGUACCUGAUGGUCAAGAUGUUACCCACAUCUCAACUCAGAUCAAAGGGACAGCUGGAUACUUGGAUCCUGAAUAUAUGAAGUCCUACCAGUUGACUGAAAAAAGCGAUGUCUACUCCUUUGGUGUAUUACUCGUGGAACUGGUGACAGGAAGAAAUCCAAUUGAACCUUUUAAAGGGGUCAAAGAGAGAGUAACCACAAGAUGGGCAAUGAACAAACUAAGAGAAGGUAUGCCGGUGUUGGUGAUGGAUCCUAGGCUGCACAGAAGUCCAGCGUCCAUCAAGGUAAUUGAGAAGAUUCUAUCACUCGCCCAAAAAUGCACUGGACCUGUUAGAAAUUCCAGACCAGCAAUGAAGGAUUGUGUUGAGACUUUAUGGGAUAUUAGGAAGGAAUUCAAAGAGGGAACUCAGUUAAAUUACUCUGCCUCCCAUAGAUCGGUUGAUUUACAUGCAAGUGAAGCAAGAAAGAUACGCCAAGAAUCUUUGGGGAUUGAAGGAGAGACCUACUCUUUUAUGUCUGCUUAGUCAAAUUGUAAUAGGGUGUCUGGUCGAAACGUUGAUGCAUGACGUGAUCUUAUGUAAAUUUUUUGAGCUCUCAGCUUCUAGUAUAUACUGUAGUCUAUCUAUUGCUGCUUGCAGAAAGGUUCAAUUUGAGCAGCUAUAAUUUUUUUGAUGUAUAGAUGAUUUGAUUUGAAAUGUAAUCUAAUGGUACCGCUUGAUAUAUGUUGAAAUUUUGAGAA